AUGUCUGACAUCAUUGAGCCUUCUCCAUUUGCGAAGAAAAUUUUGUUCAUGGCCAUUGGGUCAAUGGGUGAUGUCCUUCCUUUCAUAAAUCUCGGAGUCGGCUUUAGUCGUCGGGGACAUAAUGUCAUAAUUGCUGCGAAUCUCAGAUUUAAAAAGUUAAUUGAAACUAGAGGAUUCGAGUUUAGGGAAAUCAGUUGGGACAUGCAGGAUGAAUGGGAAAACACUGAUGCAGGAAGACGAAUGGUAAAACAUUCUGGAUCCAUUAUCUUAGGUCCUUCAGCUAUGUUUACCUUUUUGAACCAAGGAAUCCAAAAAGCCUACAAAGAUGCAGAAAGGGUUCUAGUAAAUGUCGAUUUCGUAAUAUUAGGGACUGGAUCAACUUAUAUGUAUCCGGAGUGUCUCGCUCGAAAAAUACCUGCUGCCUUUAUUUGCUUCUAUCCUUAUGCAAGCUCAAAGAAUUAUGCUGGGGCAGUCUAUGGUCAACCAUUUAAUUCAUUGCAAUGGCUUCCUUUUGGCUUAAGUGAAAAAAUAUGGCAAACCAUUGAUAAUAUAGCUACAUAUUGUAGUUCUAUCGGUCUAUUACCAAUUUAUAAUAAAAGGCUGAAAGAACUUGGUCUUGAACGUGCUAACAAGUUUCCAUCAUUACCGGGUGGUGCCUUUGAAAUUAAUAAAGUUCCUGUACUGUACACUUUAAACAAGAAUCUCAUUCAAAUCCCACCAAAUCCAAAUAACCCUCUAGAAGUUCAAAUUGACUAUCCGUACUUAAACAUAAAAGAUGAACUAGAAAACUUUGUUGAAUGGUUAUAUAAAGGAAAUAAACCUAUUUAUUUUGGUUACGGGUCAAUGCAUAGUUUUAGCGAUGUUGAAAGUAGGGUACGUAUAUGGCUAGACAUAAUGGAUAAACUUUCUAUAAAACAUCGUGCAUUGUUUUCUGGUGUUGGCAGUGUAAAAAUACCGGAGUUACGCAAAGCAGUUUUAUCAGGCCGGAUAUUUCUCGUUGGUCAUGUCCCCCAUUCUUGGUUAUUUCCUCGAGUUAAUUGUGUAGUACAUCAUGGUGGUGCAGGAACAACACAUAAUGUUGCCAGGGCUGGUGUUCCCUCGGUUGUUGUUCCUCAUUUUGCGGAUCAGCCAUGGUGGGCGUCCAUUUUACAUUAUCACGGUCUUGCUCCAAAUAAUGGAAUCCCGUCUCAGUCUGUCACUUCCGAUAAACUUUAUGAAGCUCUUUCAAAAGUAUUGACUGAUGAACAAAUUCAUGAUAAUGCUCGAUCAUUGGGAAAAAAGAUUCAAAGUGAACAUGCAAAAUCUGCCCCAAUAUCAAACAUUGUUUCAUAUAUUGAACAAUAUUGGAAUAGAAAUAAGUGGGACAUUAUUUCACUAGAUGAUAUAUCUAUUGCUUCUAUUGAAUCUAAAGGGUAUAUUGAAUCUGAAGAAUCAAAUGACACUGAUGAUACCAUUGAUAUUGAAGAGUAUGUUAGGCCUAGUAAUGAUAUUGUUAAGCAGAAAUUUAUUGAAUCAGAGUUUGUUAAACCUGAUAUUAUUGCUGUAGCAUGA